AUGGCAGUUUAUGCCACCCACAAUGUAUUUCUAGUACUCGCCGAUAUGUUUCUAAUAAUUUUAGGCACUUUCGGCUUGUUAGUUGGUUUUGAAAUUGCCUCUCUCAAAGACAAGGCAAAGACAACUUCCUUUCUCCACUCUGGUUGCACACUCUUCCUAAUUCCAACAAUUUUAUUCAUUGUUUCCACUCAGGGCGCCAUCGAAUUUUCGUUAUGGGAAUUCUAUCAGACAGUUCUGCCCUACAAGUUGAAAUCCAUCAUGUCCAGCACAACGAGCGUGACCACAACAAUGGUUAACACGUUCACCUAUUUGGAUCCAACCUUUGCAUUUAUAUUUGCUUUGAUUUUGGGUGUGGUUUGGAUUAUUUCAUUGAUUGGAUCACUUUCAUUUCUGAAGAGUGCUAAUGGUGCACUGUUUGAUGGCACAGGAGCACCUCUGAGGAAUGUUAGUUCAACUAUUGAAUCGAAUGCUUCUGCAUCAACUGUUGUGGAUACUGUGGAUAAAACAUCAACUGUUAGCUAUGUGGCCUAUACUGCUCCAAAUCAAUAA